AUGCAUGCAUGUCUAAAAACACACUUAUUGCUCCACUUAUUUCCGCAGAUUGGCUUGAACUUGGGCACAAGUUAUGCAGACGAUGUCCAGCAGACGUGCUUGUCUCCCGAGAAGCAGAUCUUGAGGAACUUCUAUGUCGACUAUUUCCACUCGCCAAGUUCCUGCAAAGCGCCUGACGGGACUACAGUGCACGUCUUCAAGAGCAAAGGGCAUGACAGUGCAACUUACGGGGGGAGUCACUCCUCUAUGUGCGCGAGGCUGCCCGGGAUCUGCCAGAUGAUGCAACAGCACAGAGCACGGGGAAUUCUGGACGAUGGGUGGAAUAUGAUGUCGACUUUGAGAGACAGCCUCGGCCAUUUGUAUACGCUUAUGACAGGUCAAUUCUCUACAUCUUUUCAACCACCGGACGUCGAGGGUUGGUCGGUGCCGCGCCAAUAUCCAAAUGCAGACGAUCGACUUAUUGACUGCCGCGGGGACGACUGUGGAGACUACAGCGUACCCGUGUGUGAAGGUAUAGAGGAUGUGGCCUUCCCUGUAAUGGGUUGGUCAGCUAUCAACAACCAUUCAGUUGUUAUUUUGCAAGAAUUUCCUGUCCUGCUCCAGCCCGUCUUCUUUCGGAAAUGCAAGAGUUCGCAAUCUCAGGUUGUCCACGGACGAUGCGUUCAAGAAUACCUGCCAAUAAAGUUUUUCGUGAAGCCAACUUAUCCUGGAGGUUCAAUUUCCCAAGACUUCGUGAUGGUGGAAUCUGGGUGUCAAGUGGCUGUGGACUUUCACCACAGACAGUGGAAAGACCUCCCUGCACCAGACGACUCAAAGCCAAAGGUCGAAAGAAAAGAUGUAGUGGAAAUGUCUCGGCAGAGUGACCGGCAAUUGUUUUAG